UCAUCAUGGCCGCCUCCAUCAAGUUGUUUGCACGGAGAAUUCUCCGUGAUUUUCGUAGAAAUGUUUACAUUUCUGCCAGCGGAGUGUCGCCUGGGUCUAUCCACUGUAGGGCUGCACAGUCCUGCCGCUGUCUGAGCCAUGAAGCGGGCGGCAGGAGCACGCAUUUCGGCUUUGAGACGGUGCUGGAGGAGGAGAAGGCGAAGAAAGUUUACCAGGUGUUUGAGAAUGUGGCUCAGAAAUACGACGUGAUGAACGAUGCCAUGAGCCUGGGCAUUCAUAGACUGUGGAAGGACCUCCUGUUACACGCCAUGAACCCACAGCCCGGGGCACGUCUGCUCGAUGUAGCAGGAGGCACUGGUGACAUUGCUUUCCGUUUUCUGGAAUAUAUCAAGUCCCAGGAAGACAAGAUGAGGAGGAGAGAGGUGAAGGCCAUGCAGACACCAUCCUGGCAGGAGAUUUCUGCCAAGUAUUCUGAGGAGCAAGGAGCAGAGCCUCAGGAGUCCGGAGCUGUGGUGUGUGACAUCAACAAGGAGAUGCUCAAAGUGGGCAAAGAGAAAGCUGACAGCAUGGGCAUCACAUCUGGCCUGUCUUGGGUGGCGGGAGAUGCAGAGGAGCUGCCAUUUGGUGAUGAUGAGUUUGACAUUUACACUAUAGCCUUUGGAAUUCGUAAUGUAACUCACAUAGAGCAGGCUCUACUAGAGGCUCAGCGGGUCCUCAAACCAGGAGGAAGGUUUAUGUGUUUGGAAUUCAGCAAAGUGUCUAAUCCUAUUUUGUCAAAGAUUUAUGACGCCUACAGUUUCCAAGUAAUUCCUGUUUUGGGAGAAGUUAUUGCUGGAGACUGGAAAUCUUACCAGUAUUUGGUAGAGAGUAUUCGCCGGUUCCCAGACCAGGAGGAGUUCAAGACUAUGAUAGAGGAUGCUGGUUUCUACUGUGUGAGCUACCACAACCUGACAGGCGGAAUUGUUGCUCUUCACUCUGGGUUCAAGCUAUGAGGAGCAAAGCAGAUUCAUCUCUCCAUUCACUACACAGUCUUGUCCCGGAAUGUUGGAUCAAAGAUGGAGGUCCUGCGUUUACAAUGGACUAAACCAUAAUGAACAGUUCAAACUUCUGAUUUAACCAGGAUCAGGACUGGCUUAGAUUUUCUGCUGUCAGGUUGAAGACAAUGGACUCGAUGGUCUAUAGUCUCAAAACAACAAUAUUUUAUAUAUGUAGAAUAUGAAAAAAAAUGUCUACUUCAUCAUCUAAUAAUUAAAUAAUUAAAGUAUAUAAUGGAAACAUUGUAUAUUUUCAUUUGACUUGAAAGUAAAAAGACAGCCACAACAUAUUUGAAUAAAACUGUAUAUUUUACAGAUCUUUGUACACUUGAUUACAAAACUGUAUGGUACUAAAAUUUUAAAAUCAGUUUUUGGUCAGAAAGAUUUAAUCGUCUUGUGUGCAAUUACCAUGUAUAUACAAAGUCUUAUGUUAGUGAUUUUUCUCAAUAAAAAGCAUCUCAAACGUCCA